UCAAAAUGGUAGAAUUAUAUAGAAUUAUAGAAUCAGUGGGUGAAUUUGUCAGUUGUAAAAAAUUGUUUUAAAAAUUGUGUUGUUUAGGAUUGUACCAAAAAUAAUGUUUAAUUAAAUAAAUAUGGCUCAAAAUUUGCAGAAGAAGCCCUCAAAGGGCAUAUUGAAAACAUCUAGGAGUAUUGACAAUCAGGAUGGGACGCCUUCAACUAGUAAACGAGCGAAGGAACAGAGAUUUGAUGAAUUGAAUAUAAUGGAGACAUUUCAUCCACCUAAUAAGGAUUACGGGCAUAUGAAAGUAGAUGAACCAAAAACGCCUUACUCCGAACCCAUAGAUGGUGACUUAGAGCCAGUCGAUGAGUUGGAUGCGAAUAUUUUGGCAGCUAAACUAGCAGCAAGUAUGAAUAAGCCCCCAAAAUGUGUAGAGGCAUGUGACAGUGACGAAGAAGAUGAAUCUGAGGAAGCACGGCAAAAACGGCUCGAGUUUGAAAAGAAGAGAAAAAUACAUUAUAACGAAUUUCAGGCCUUGCAGCUUGCACGGCAAUUAAUGGCCCAAGAGGAGGAGGAGGAGGAGGAUGAAGACAAAGCUGAAUCAACAGCCACUUGACUGCGUCAGCUGCUUCUAUAAAAUGAUAAUUUCCUUUUCAGGGUUCGAAUGUAUGACUUCCGGCUUAGCAGACAAUAUGAUGGGACAAAUUGUUAAUUAUUGCCCUAGGCAUCCAGUGUUCCUGUACGGCUGUAACAAAAUCUUGUUAAGUGCUUGCUAUUUUAUAGUUGAUUAUGAAUAUUUAUGAAGAUCAAGUCCACUAGUGUUUUAUCCUUUUAAAAAUCAUAUUUACUUUACCUCAUCAUUUGGUCAGAUAAGUAUGAUUGCUAUUGAUAUCCCAUAUUUUGUUUUGUUUUUAUUAGAAACUAGCUGUGUACCCCGGUUUUAGCCGCUUCAAAUCUUCCAAAUUGUAGUACUAAGUUUGAAAGAUUAGGGUCAUAUUGUGUCAAAACAACUAGACUAUAUAUAAUAUGUUUUUCAACUCGGUUUGGUAGUUCUUGAGGUUAGUAAGUUCAGUCAUACAAUCUCCAGUUAUAGUACAGAUUAUACUAGAAUAUAGAUUAUCCUAAAUAUUUAUAUCUAUUUGUAAAUAUGACAGUGUUCACUCAGGUUGGAUCUUGAUCUUCAUAUAAUUUCAUAGCAUAUUUUUUUACUAUUGUGUAUUGUAAUUGAGUUAAAUUAAAACUUUAAAUGGACGCUAAGCAUGAAUAAAAUAACAAAGAAAUCAUAAUAAAUUGGCAAUAACAGUAAUUUUGAAUAUUCAAGUUUUAACCGCGAUCAUAAUUUAUAUUGUUUUUUUUAUUGCCUUUUAGCUGUUCCAUCGAGUGACGAAAUCAUUAGGCAAACAAAACAUGAUCCCGGCUAAAACCCGAAUGGAAUUUAUAAUAUAGAAAUAUAGAGAUGUUUGAAGUAAUUUUUGUUUUUGUAAUGAAUUUUAAAAGUGAAAAUAUCAAAUCGUAAUGCAAUAAUUUAAUAUGUGCAUAAAUUAUAUACAAGAUGCAUCAGUCAUUGUGUUCAUACUUAGAGACUUGUAACAUAAUAUUGUUGAAGAAACUUAGUAUUGAUAUGCUCUUGCAUAGUGUUGAUUAUAUUCAUAAUUUAUCUGUAGUAACCUUGCUAUGAAGUAAUGGAUGUGGGAAGAAUAGAAUCGUCUCUUAGUCACCAUUCUCACGUUUACCUAAUGAAUACCGCGUAGUUGAGGUUAAUUCAUAUCGUUUUAUUUUAACAAUUGAAUGCCAUAAAUAUUUUUAUUACUUACAAAUAUUUGUCUAUGAUAUAACAAAGGAAAUAAAAAUUUAAUUCCUUCAACGUUUUAUAUUUAAAAAAUAAUUUCAAUUCCUUGCUCAGAUUAUUCACAUAGCAUUAAAGUUAGGCGAGAAGCUAAUUGUGUGCGUAAAAAAUUAUCUAAUCUGAGAAUUAAAAAAAUAUAUUGAUAAAAAAUUUCGAUUAAAAUCUAUAUUAAGUAGAAAGAACUAUAGUCUUAACACUAGAUACUUAUGAAUUCUAAUACAAUUUGUACAACAUUCAAUGAAGCGUA